UUUAUUUCUUUCUUUAUGCAAGAGUUGAAACGGGCUUUGAGGGCGUGGUUUGGUGACGCAUUGCGGCUCGAGAACCAAGGCGCAGGAGCGCGCGUGUCCCUGCUGUCCCCGGUUGUACCGACAAGCAAGACAAGGCAGCGAAUCAUGUCGGGCGGACAGGAUGAAAGCUCGGUCCGUGUGGCUUUGAGGAUCCGCCCCCAGCUUCCUCGGGAGAAGAUCGAGGGAUGUCACAUCUGCACAUUUUUGACGCCCGGGGAGCCCCAGGUGAUUCUGGGAAAGGACAAGGCCUUCACCUACGACUACGUGUUCGACAUGGACUCGCAGCAGGACACCAUCUACGCCAACUGCACGGAGAAGCUGAUCGAGGGCUGUUUUGAGGGCUACAACGCCACCGUCUUCGCCUACGGCCAGACGGGCUCGGGGAAGACGUACACCAUGGGCACGGGGUUCGACGUGAACAUCACGGAGGAGGAGCUGGGGAUCAUCCCGCGCGCGGUCAGCCACCUCUUCAAGGGGAUCGAGGAGCGGCAGCAGGCCGCCACCGAGCAGGGGCGCCCCGUCCCCGAGUUCAAAAUCAACGCCCAGUUCCUGGAGCUGUAUAACGAGGAGGUGCUGGACCUGUUUGACUCCACGCGUGAUAUUGAAGUACGGAAGCAGAAAUCUCACAUUCGCAUCCACGAGGACGCAAAUGGGGGAAUCUACACUGUGGGGGUGACCACACGCACAGUCAACUCUGAGGAAGAGAUGAUGCAGUGUCUGAAGCUGGGCGCUCUCUGUCGCACCACGGCCAGCACACAGAUGAACGUCCAGAGCUCCCGCUCCCACGCCAUCUUCACCAUCCACCUGUGCCAAGUGCGCGUCUGCGCCCCCGACAGCCAGGAGGGCGAGAUGGACAACCGCUUGGCCAACGGCUCCUCGGAGAUGAACGAGUUUGAGACCCUGACCGCCAAGUUUCACUUCGUGGACCUGGCUGGUUCCGAGAGGCUGAAGAGAACAGGGGCGACCGGGAACCGCGCCAAAGAGGGCAUCUCCAUCAACUGUGGGCUGCUGGCUCUAGGAAAUGUUAUCAGCGCUCUGGGGGACCGGAGCAAGCGAGCGACGCACGUGCCUUACCGCGACUCCAAACUCACGCGCCUCCUGCAGGACUCGCUGGGCGGGAACAGCCAAACGGUGAUGAUCGCCUGCAUCAGCCCGUCCGACCGGGACUUCAUGGAGACGCUGAACACGCUCAAGUACGCCAACCGCGCGCGCAACAUAAAGAACCGCGUGAUGGUGAACCAGGACAAGGCCAGCCAGCAGAUCAGCGCCCUGCGCACCGAGAUCGCCCGGCUGCAGAUAGAGCUCAUGGAGUACAAGACGGGCAAGCGGAUGGUUGGAGAGGACGGCAUGGAGGGCAUCAGUGACAUGUUCCAUGAGAACUCCAUGCUGCAGACGGAGAACAACAACCUGCGCGUGCGUGUGAAAGCCAUGCAGGAGACCAUCGACGCCCAGAGGGCCCGGCUCACCCAGCUGCUCAGUGACCAGGCCAACCAAGUGCUCGCCAAAGCAGGUGAUGGUAAUGAGGAGAUUGCAAACAUGAUCGAGAACUACAUCAAAGAGAUCGAAGACCUCAGGGCGAAGCUGCUGGAGAGCGAGGCGGUGAACGAGAACCUGCGGAAGAGCCUCUCGCGCGCCUCCUGCCACUCCUCUUACUACGGGGGGUCCAGCCCCUUCUCCUCCUCCUUCAUCACCCCCGACUCCGAGACGUCCGACAUCAUCGAGAUUGCCAAGAGGGACGUGGAGAAACUCAAGAAGAAGGAGCGUAAGAAGAAGAAGAGGCUCCAGAUGCUGGAGGAGAGUCGGCAAGAGGAGGUUGAGGACGACAGUGUGGUCAAAGAGGACACUAGCAGCGAGCCAGAGAAAGGGGCGGAGAAAGAGCUGUCUGAACAAACCAAUGAUGAAGCUGACGUGGAUAUGCAGGAAGGAAGUGACCACGAUGAGGCAGAUGAGGACGAUGACGAAGAGGAAGAGGAAGAGAUUGAGGCGGAGGCAGAAGAGAGCUCAGAUGAUUCCGACUCCGAGCUGGAUGAGAAAGAGAACUUCCAGGCGGACCUGGCCAACAUCACGUGCGAGAUCGCCAUCAAGCAGAAGCUGAUCGACGAGCUGGAGAACAGCCAGCGGCGCCUGCACACGCUCAAGCUGCAGUACGAGCAGAAGCUGAUGAUGCUGCAGAGCAAGAUCCGCGACACGCAGCUGGAGAGGGACCGCGUGCUGCACAGCAUGGGCUCCGUGGAGACGUACAGCGAGGACAAAGCCAAGAAGAUCAAGGCGGAGUACGAGAAGAAGCUGGGCAUGAUGAACAAGGAGCUGCACAAGCUGCAGGCGGCGCAGAAGGAGCACGCCCGGCUGCUCAAGAACCAGUCCCAGUACGAGAAGCAGCUGAAGAAGCUGCAGCUGGACGUGGCCGAGAUGAAGAAGACCAAGGUUCGUCUGAUGAAGCAGAUGAAGGAGCAGCAGGAGAGGAACCGCAUGGCGGAGUCGCGACGGAACCGCGAGAUCGCCACGCUGAAGAAGGACCAGCGCAAGCAGGAGCACCAGCUGAAACUGCUGGAGGCCCAGAAGAGACAGCAGGAGCUGAUCCUACGCCGCAAGACCGAGGAGGUGACAGCUCUGCGGCGCCAGGUGAGGCCCGUUUCAGGGAAAGUGAACCGCAAGGUGAGCUUACCGGAGCCUCUCCAGGACUCCUCGUACCGGCCCUCCUCGGGACGGUCGUAUUCUGGAACCAGCGGGCCGUCCAACGGAACCAGGUACCAGAGGAGGUUGACAGGCGUGUACUCCACCAGAGGUGCCCGGUCUAAGUGGCAGUCACUGGAGCGGAGGAUCAGUGACAUCAUCAUGCAGAAGAUGACCCUCUCCAACAUGGAGUCUGACAUGAACCGGCUGCUUAAGCAACGUGAAGAGUUGACCAAGCGCAGGGAGAAGUUUUCCAGGAAGAGGGAGAAAAUGGCUGCCAAGGGGCUAGACGCCGAAAGGACGGUCCUGUCUAUCAGCGACGAGAUGGAGUCGCUGACCGCCAACAUCGACUACAUCAACGACAGCAUCGCCGAGUGCCAGGCCAACAUCAUGCAGAUGGAGGAGGCCAAGGAGGAAGGCGACACGGUGGACGCCCUGGCUGUCAUCAGCUCCUGCACCUUAACCGAGGCUCGCUUCCUGCUCGACCACUUCAUGUCCAUGGCCAUCAACAAGGGCCUGCAGGCGGCCCAGAAGGAGUCCCAGAACAAGGUGAUGGAGGGUCGGCUGAAGCAGACGGAGAUCAACAGCGCCACCCAGAACCAGCUGCUCUUCCACAUGCUGAAGGAGAAGGCCGAGUUCAACCCCGAGCUGGACGCCCUGCUGGGCAACGCGCUGCAAGAGCUAGGUAACAUGCCUCUGGACAACGGAGACUCGAGCAGCAGCGACGAAUCAGCCCAGAGCCCCGCCGUGGAUGGAAGCUCCUUGGCCUCUGACCUCAUGAAGCUGUGCGGAGAGACCAAGCAGAGGAGUAAGGCCCGCCGAAGGACCACCACGCAAAUGGAGCUCCUGUACGCCAACAGCAACGACCCCAGCACUAGCACGUCCACCGCGGAAUUCUCCGCCCCUCUCCUCCCAUUGGUUGAAGCCCAGGAAGGGAAUGGGGAGCUGGAGCAUUUUGGGUCGUCAUUCAGGGACAGAGAUGCCUUGACCUCUCCCUCAGGCUUGUCCUCUAAGCUGGGCAGCAUCUCCGGCUCCAGGCCUUCCUUAGGUGUUGAGAAGAAACCGUCAGAGGGCUCGCCCGUCACCCGGAGGAAGAUGUAUGAGAAAGGACAGUUGACAGUCGACAAGGUCAAGGGAAAAGAGAUCAAACACUCUGAUUCAGGGACCCCCAAGGCCAGUUCAUCACCCCCCUCCCCCCCCAUCAUCCGGUCCCGUAGCCAUCAGAACGUUUUUAACCGUCUCUCUCGAGUCUCUCUCGCGAGCGCAGAUGGUCAACAGGAUAAAGGCGUGAUCAACCCCGUCCCGUCCUCGAGGAGCAGCCGGGGGGCCACUCUGCAGUGCGUCCACGUGGCUGAGGGCCACUCCAAGGCCGUGCUGUGCGUGGACUCCACCGAUGACCUGCUGUUCACUGGCUCAAAGGACCGUACCUGUAAGGUGUGGAACCUGGUAACAGGACAGGAGAUCAUGUCCCUGGGGGGCCACCCCAACAAUGUGGUGUCAGUUAGAUACUGCUCCAGCUUGGUCUUCACCGUCUCCACAUCCUACAUAAAGGUGUGGGACAUCCGCGACUCGGCCAAGUGCAUCCACACCCUGACGUCCUCUGGUCAGGUGACUGCUGGUGACGCCUGUGCUGCUAGCACCAACCGGACCGUCACCAUACCGGCCGGGGAGAACCAGAUCAACCAGAUCGCCCUGAACCCCCCAGGAACCUUCCUGUACGCAGCAGCUGGGAACUGCGUGCGCAUGUGGGACCUGAAGAGGUUUAGCUCUACAGGGAAGCUGAUAGGACACUUGGGUCCAGUCAUGUGUCUGACAGUGGAUCAGACAGGAAAUGGUCAGGAUCUAGUUAUCACUGGUUCCAAGGAUCACUACAUUAAGAUGUUCGAUGUGACGGAAGGGGUCCAGGGCUGUUUCAGCCCCACGCACAACUUCGAGCCCCCCCACUACGACGGCAUCGAGUCCCUGACGGUGCAGGGGGACGCCCUCUUCAGCGGGUCCAGGGACAACGGCAUCAAGAAGUGGGACCUGUCCCGCAAAGAUUUGCUGCAGCAAGUGCCGAACGCGCACCGCGAUUGGGUGUGCGCGCUGGGCGUGGUGCCCGGCCUCCCCGCCCUGCUGAGCGGCUGCAGGGGGGGCAUGCUCAAGCUGUGGAACACCGACACCCUGGCGCCCCUGGGGGAGCUGAGGGGGCAUGAGAGCCCCAUCAACGGCAUCUCCACCAACAACAGCAACGUCUUCACUGCGUCCGACGACCGGACGGUGAAGAUAUGGCGGGCGAAGGGGGCGCUGGACGGCGUGCUCGACGCGGCAGACAUGGACGACGGCGGCUGUAACUGAGCGGAGCGUGCAGGCUGGCUGCUAGCAUCAUGACCUGUGACCCGGGGGUGUGGGUGGGGUUCCAGCGGUGUAGUCCCGUGGCACUGUGCACUUUCAAAGGGGGAGGGAGGGAGGGAAGGGGGGGAGCAAGGGUGGAGUCCCGGGGGGGGAAGAAGUGGGCGGAGUCUCAGCUGAAGCCAAUCAGGGCCCAAAGGUGAGGGUGUCCUCUCUGUUUCGCUGCACAUGAUCAGCAGUAACAACCGCAUUUAAACCAAGGGCUCCUGCUAAUCGCAUUCAAAGGUCUCGUCUCCACACACGCAGUCUGUGGCUCCUAACCCUGCAUUCCCACAGCACCGCCGCUACAAGGCUUGCGUCUGUCUCUGCCGCGGCUGCCGAACGCAGCCCAGCUGGAGAAAUCCCAUGGAAGCUCAGCCAAUCAGCCGUCUACCUACAGAACCACAGUCCACGCCCCCUAGGACGGCGUGGGCGGGACCCAGGAGCUGGUCUCGAGGGUCCGGCACGCCCAUCCCAGCUGUGCGCAGGGUAUUCCAUUUAGCCGAGGGUAACCAUGGCGAUCUGUAUUACAUAUGUGCAAGUGGCUGCCCCUCAACUUUAAAACACACUAUGCUCUUAAACUGUUCCAUGUCUGCUUUAAUGUCAGUAAGUAACUGGAAACCAUAGGUGACCAAAAUUGUGGAACUUUGCUACAUUUCUCAUUAGGCCACAAUAGAACGUGUGCUUUUCUCAUAGUUUAACGUCGAGACACCCACUUACAGAACAACAGCAGUAUUAGCGCUGGUACUAUGCCAGCCCUUAAUCUCACUUUGUGUAUAUCCCUGUAAGGAUUCUCCCAUUUUCCCUGCUACGGUCAAUCUUUUCCCUGUUCAGUUCUGGACUUGAUGCUGUUAAACCUUUCCCUAGAGGCUCUGAACUAAUAUAUCUGCUGCUAUAUAUUCUGCACUCCUGUAAUCUGUAGAGCUUGACCUCAGAGCCCAGGCAAGCUGUGGCUGGUGUAGGUACACGCUGUAGAUAGGCAUAUUUGUAAAGAGAAGAGUUUUUUUCCCCUGUGCCUGUAACCCUAAUACGAUAGACUGUAUGGUAAUGGUAUGUACUGAUGUCGGUUGAACACUUCUUCCUUGUGUAGUUUUGUGGUCCGAUUUGUAUUAUGCUCAAAGCUUUAUGUAUAUAAAAUACCUUUUUUUUGUUUCGUUUGUUUUAUUCCUCCUGAUUUUUUAGUUGCGGAAAAAAUGCCUGACCUAGCGAUUCUAAUGUCAGAUGCUGAGCGAAAUAAAUUCCAUCUGUCAAAAGCA